AUGCAGACUGCUUCUACAAACAUUUGUGAAAGACUGUGCAAUAAGUCCAUCCGUGAAAUUUCCUUGCUACUAAAUAUUCCACAGUCAACUGUUAGUGAUAUUAUAACAAAGUGGAAGCAAUUGGGAACAACAGCAACACAGCCACAAAGUGGUAGACCAUGUAAAAUGCUGAAGCACAGAGUGCAUAGAAGUCACCAACUCUCAAUAGCUAAAGACCUCCAAACUUCAUGUGGCCUUCAGAUUAGUACAACAACAGUGUGUAGAGAGCUUCAUGGAAUAGGUUUCCUUGGCGGAGCAGCUGCAUCC